GGCCGUCAGUUGACUUGACAGACCGUGUGGGACUUAUCAUAGCUUUCCUCAGCGCUUUCCUGACAGAUUCAUGCGAUAUAAACACGUGAGGGGCGAGGAAGUUAACAAGUAUCUGUACUUGACUUUCGUCAAAUAUGGGGUAGCUGUUGUGAAAUAGGGCAGCGUUUGAAAAUAAGUGGUUGGUUUAGUUAUUUCCUCAUAAUUCACCUCGAAAAAUGUACAGUCCGACACAACCAAACAACGGACUCCUGCUCUCGGAGUCUUCCGACAGCAGUAGUAACCUUUUGAUUAAACCCUUCAAGAGACAGGAGGUUAGCAGCCUUAUAAGUUUGUCUAAUGAAGAGGAUGAUGAAGUACAGUUUGACACUUCUGACACAGAUAAUACCGGCGAGGUGUUGCUGGCUGGUAAACAGUACCCAUCCGUCCAAGAGUUCGCUUCAGCAAUUCCCAACCACCUUCUCCUGGGGUCCCUGCUGGAGCACCUAUGCUUUGUCUAUGAGAGUAACCCGGCACGUUCUCGCAUGCUGUUUAAAGUCAUUGGCCAGCGUUUAGCUGCUAUGAAUCUCCUCUCACCUCUGGCCGUAAGUGAUGAGUUCAGCACCGUCAGACUCCAGCACAACCGGGCCUUCACUGAGCUGCUGCAUGCUGCCAGUUCCUCGCUGUAUCCACAGGGGCACCACCUUCACGGCACAAACACACACAAUGUUGCAGCAAGGCCUAAGGAGGGACUGUUCCAAGCACAGACGUCACGCUAUCUUAGUGAGUUUGAAGAAAUCUGCAGACUUGGGAAAGGAUCUUAUGGAAAUGUUUUUAAGGUUAUGAACAAACUGGAUGGACAAUAUUAUGCUGUGAAGAAAAUUCUUAUCAAAAAAGUCUCAAAGGAUGAUUGCAUAAAGGUGCUCAGGGAAGUCAAGAUGUUGUCCAGCCUGCAGCAUGUCAGUGUGGUCGGCUAUCACACUGCAUGGAUGGAACAUGUUCAGCCUGCAACACAUCCUGAGUCUUUGCUGCCUGCACUGGAAUCAGCCGGACUACAAGACAAUUCUGAUGACAGCCCUGACAGCAGCAACACAGGCUCCUCUAUACUUUUUCAAAGCCUCAGUCAAGAACAAUCAGACACUGCUUCAGGUGCCACAGUGCCUCCAAUAGAGAGCAAUCCUGUCACGGCCUUAGUGCCUGCACAAGAGGGCCAGGUGAUGUGUCCGAAGACGAUGCGCCGCCUCCCAGAGAACUACGUUCCCUGUGUGUUCCUAGGACAGAAAACUCCAAAGAAAAGCUCCAAAUGUCCUGCAAUGAAUUUGGACACUUCAGUGCUGUUAGAGGAGGGGUCCAGCAGGAGCAGCAUCGAGCUAAACAACAACUCCUGCAUUGACAUACCCACAAUAAAGAAUUUUAAAGAGGUACAGUUCCACCUGAUGCUCUACAUCCAGAUGCAGCUGUGUGAACGCUCGCUGAAGGACUGGAUCUCUGAGAGGAACACCAAGCCCACUGAGGAUCAAGCACCAAGAUGUCCUUAUGGAUGUGUUGAUACAGAACACACUGUCAACCUGCUGAGGAAGAUACUUGAAGGGGUGGAUUACAUUCACUCCAAAGGAAUUAUGCACAGAGAUCUGAAGCCAAGAAACAUUUUCCUCCACGGUCAUGACUGCUUCAUUCGGAUCGGGGACUUUGGUUUGGCCUGCAGGGACAUGAUAAUGGAGGGCCAUAAAAGCACCACCUCUCCCAGCAGUGCUUCCUCGCAUACUACAGGUGUCGGCACAUACGUGUACGCUGCACCAGAGCAGCUGAAGGGCUCUCAUUAUGAUUCAAAGUCAGACAUGUACAGUGUUGGAGUGCUGGCUCUUGAGCUAUUCCAGCCCUUUGGGACAGAGAUGGAGCGGGUACGGACCCUCGGGGACCUGAGAGAGGGAAAAAUCCCAGACUCAUUCUGCCAAAGAUGGCCAGCCUUGGCCAAGUACAUCAUGAGGCUGACUAGUAAAGAUCCCAGUGUUCGGCCCACAGCCAGCCAGCUUCUAGAGAGUGAACUCUUCUGCAGUAAAGACAUGGUUAUCCAUGGUUUGCAGAGGAGGGUUGAAGAACAGGAGGAAGAGAUCGUACAGCUGAGGAGACAGAUCAGUCAGCUCCAGAGCUCACAAGUCACAGUCCCUUCCUCUGAGUCAGACAAGACCUGAGCCUUGAAACUCUCAUUACCUCAGAGACUGUCAAAACUUGGAUUUACUCAGCCACUGUUGUACAAUAUUUCACUGACUUGGUACAAGUGGUAGAGCGCGUGUGUGUGUGAGUGAGCAUUUGAGUGUAUCGUGUGUACCUGGAAGUACAGGUGCAAUUAUUUAUCUUUAAACAGCUGUUAAAUAAAACCUAUUUCUGCUAUGACAUGUGAUUUCUAAGAAGCAAUAUGUGAUUAUUGACAAUUUUAGAUUUUUCU